AUGGCAUCACAGUUCCCUCCAUCAUCUCCUCUUAGGGACUCUGACUUUAAAGUCAAGAGUUAUGAGAGUUAUGAUCCAUUUGCUAAACAUAGUCCUAAAUAUACUAAGAAUCACUCCAUUGAAUUUUAUCCCACACCACAUCCAUCUUCCACCAUUGGUAGAUCUUCACCUCAUGCCAGUGACGAUGAAGGGGAUCUUCAUAGUGCCAGACCACCUAAAGUUCAAUUCCAUGUGGAUAAACCUUCUUUACCCAUCAGUUCCCACUUGAAAAUACUUAAAGUUCCUUUGAACAAACCAAUCAUCACCCUUGGAAGAUCCUCCAAAAACAACGACAUCUGUAUCAAAUCUAACGAUAAGACCAUCUCCAGGAAUCACAUCAAAAUCGAAAGUAUGGCAGAAUCACUUACAAUUGGAUGUUUAGGACAAAAUGGGUUCGGGAUCACUAUUCCUAGACCUUGUGAGGUACAGAAGUUAUCUGAUCAACACUUUAAGCUUACAGAGAUCCCUAACUUUUCCAGUGUCAAGCAAAUAUCGGAAACCAUCAAGAUCAGUCCUAAACAUACCGAAUUCCUCGUGUACCAUGGCGAGAAGUUGGUUCUACCAAGAUAUAGUAAUGUGAUUAUUCAAAUCAAGAACAACUUGAUAAUAGUCAAUCCUCGUGAUGAAGAUGACUUUACUGAAGAUGAGAUGCCUAUUUUAAGGAACACGCCGGUGAAACGUGUAGAGUUCAAACCCGAUACUCCAGUUAAGACCAAUUUCAAAAUCACUUCUGAGGAAUCAACUCCCGUAAGAAUGCCUUUGGCCGAUAAAACCAACCAUCCAUCAACUAAUCCAUUAACUAAGCCAUCAUCAGCUAUUCGUCCUUCAACUAACCACCUUCCAGCGAACCACUCAUUUAGCCACCCACCACCACCAACUAACGCACCAACUAAUCAACCACCAGCUAAAAAGAGAAAAUCUAGAACUUCCACACCAGUUCCAGAACCCAAGGUCGAGAGUCCAGAACCUGAACCAGUUGACCUUGAAGCCAUUGAGAACUUACAAGAUAUAAAUAAUGUGUUGAUAAAUCAUUUGGCCUUCUCCAGGUUAUCCUCCACACCUUUAUCGGUGUUGAGGACCAUCAGUAGUGCUAUCAAUGAUUUAUCCAACAACCAGUUGUUUGCUAUCUUAGAUCUGUUGAAACCUGUUGGGGCCAUUGAUCGUGAAGGGAAGGAUGCUGCAGGUAAACCUUUAGAGAGAGAAUUCUAUUAUUUGCCUGAACAAGAUAAUGAUGGUGAGAGACGUCAACUUGUCAGUUCUAUCAAAGGUCAUGGGGGUUUAAGAUCAUGUAGAAGAACACAUAAACAGUAUUAUUGGAAGAAACCUGCAGCUAAGAAGAGUAGUCAGAAGAAGAACUAA